AUGUCUGAAGAUUUCCUGCAUCAGGUUCACUUGCUAAAUCCAUCAAUCGACAUCGACUACAGUGACCUCAUUUACAACAGAGCACUGCUUGAAAUUGAAGAUACUGUUCUCAAUAUGGGCGGGAGUCUGUUGCCAGUGUAUGGUCUACUUUCAACAAACCGGGAAUGCCCAAACACACUGUCUUCCGAUUUGCUGCGUGAGACAUGUUAUAAUGUUGAUGAACUUGCCCUGUACAUAGCGAACAAUGAGCCAAAGCUCCUUCCAGAACAGAAGUUCGCUUACAACUCCAUUAUUAAUUCUGUCUGGGACAAAGCUGGGGAGAUUUUCUUCCUCGACACUCCUGCAGGAACUGGCAAAACUUUUCUCACAAAAUUAAUAUUGGCUGAGAUUAGGCGAACACAAGGCAUUGCCUUAGCUGUGGCAUCAUCUGGAAUUGCGGCUACUUUGUUGCCAGGCGGCAGGACAACUCACUCCACUUUCAAGCUCCCACUUGACUUAGCAAAGACGAACACACCAAUUUGCAACAUCAGUAACAGCUCAGAGCAGGCAGAAGUGUUCAGACGAUGCAAGCUUAUUGUUUGGGAUGAAUGUACAAUGGCCCACAGAGGUGCUCUUGAGGCGCUAGAUAGAUCUCUGAGAGACAUCAAAGACUCUACAGUUCCCAUGGGAGGCAUAACACUUCUUCUUUUAGGGGACUUCAGGCAAACACUGCCAGUUAUUCCCAAGGGGAAUACAGCUGGUACAGUACGUGCGUGUCUUAAGUCAUCUGCAUUGUGGCCCCUGGUGAAGACUAUCAAACUUCACACUAACAUGCGGGCUCAUAUGCGAGGUGACGUAGCAUCAGCAGAAUUUUCUCACACCCUCCUUGCACUUGGCGAAGCCAAAACUCCCUGCGAUGAAAAGGGUAAUAUUACCAUUGAUUCACUUUGUACCAUUGUUGAUACGCCUUCUGAUCUCACCGAUGCAGUUUUCCCAGAUCUCCAAGCAAAUUAUCAUAAUAUGGAUUGGAUUGGCCAAAGGGCUAUUCUAGCCCCGAAGAAUACAACUGUUAACCAUAUUGAUGAUCAAAUGCUAAAAAUCAUUCUUGGAGAUGACUAUAUAUAUAAGUCUAUUGAUACAACUCCUGACCCUGAGGACGUCAUCAACUAUCCAAUAGAAGUACUAAAUUCCCUUGAGCCCCCUGGACUACCUCCACACAUUCUCAAACUUAAAGUUGGUGCCCCUAUAAUACUCAUUCGAAAUUUGGUUUUGCCUAAACAAUGCAACAGCACACGUUUAAUCGUUAAGUCCUUAUCUCCUAAUCUGAUUGAGGCCACAAUAAUCACAGGGUGUGGUCGAGGCAACAUUGUCCUCAUACCCAGAAUGCAUCUUUUCCCAUCAGCAGCAGACCUACCUUUCACAUUUCGGAGUAAUAAUAUCUACUUUAACUACUUUUCUGCUCUGCUAUGGUCAAAAGUGGCAAUGCCAUUGCCAACACUUAGAAUCAUCAAAGAAAUUGUUGACGUCCCCAUUGCCUAA